AUGCUCCGGGAGCGGCUGGGAGCCGUCAGCGACACUGGUGUGCUCAGGCUUCCCGAGGUGGGCGUGGCCUGCGGGGCAGCGUGCGUGGGCCUCCUCGCGCAGCUCCGCGGCCAGCCGGUGCUGCCCGGCCUCCUGCAGCGGCACUGCUGCGUCCUGCCCGACGGCAACACAGCACGAAGUUGGCCAAGUGCGUCUGACAUCUUCCUCAAGGCCGGAGCAGCUCUCACCUCCGGCGUGUCCGGUGUGUCCGGCGUGUCCCGCGUGUCCCGCGUGUCCGGCGUGUCCCGCGUGUCCCGCGUGUCCGGCGUGUCCCGCGUGUCCCGCGUGUCCGGCGUGUCCCGCGUGUCCCGCGUGUCCCGCGUGUCGCGCGUGUCCCGCGUGUCCGGCGUGUCCGGCGUGUCUCAGCAGCCCUGCGGAGCGGUCUCGUACACAAACUACAAGAAGACGCCGCCCCCCGUGCCCCCCCGGACCACCUCCAAGCCCCUGAUCUCGGUGACGGCCCAGAGCAGCACCGAGUCCACCCAGGACGCCUACCAGGACGGCCGUGUCCAACGGGGUACCCCCUGGACCCAGGAUGGCCAUGGCCUCUACGACUCCACAGAUAGCCUGGACAGCACCAAGGCCCUAAGCCUGGCCCUGGAGACGGCCGCGGCACAGCACCUUGAGGGCCCCGCCCUCACCAGCGACAAGGCCUUGCUGGCCGCCAAGGCCGAGGCCUUCCUGCAGAACCGGCUAGCCUCUGUGGGCAUCCAGUCGCCGGGGCUGCGCGCCGCGCUGGUGGGCGCCGGCUUCGCCUUCUACCUGGGCGUCUUCCUGGCCUGCCGCCGCCUCUCGUCCGCCCUGAGCGCCACCUACCGCGCCCUGGCGCCCAAGGAGAAGGCCUUCUGGAACCUGGCGGCCACGCGCGCCGUCUUCGGCCUGCAGGGCUCGGCCGCGGGCCUGUGGGCGAUGCUGCUGGACCCCGUGCUGCAGGCCGACAAGGCGCUCGGCCAGCAGAGCUGGUGCUGGUUCCACGUGGCCACGGCCACCGGCUUCUUUUUCUUCGAAAACGUGGCCGUUCACCUGUCCAGCGCCUUCUUCCGGACCUUUGACGUGUUCUUGGUCAUCCACCAUCUCUUCGCCUUUCUCGGCUUUCUCGGCUCCGUGGUCAACCUCAGAGCUGGUCACUACCUGGCGAUGACCACGCUGCUGCUGGAGAUGAGCACGCCCUUCACCUGCGUCUCCUGGAUGCUGCUCAAGGCCGGCUGGUCCCACUCGGCCUGGUGGCGGCUGAACCAGUGGCUGAUGAUCCACAUGUUCCACUGCCGCAUGGUGCUCACCUACCACAUGUGGUGGGUGAGCCUGUGGCACUGGGACGCGCUGCGCGACAGCCUCUACCCGCCGCACCUGGCGCUCUUCCUGGUGGGCCUGGGCCUGCUGACCCUCGUGCUCAACCCAUACUGGACCCACAAGAAGACGCAGCAGCUCCUGCACCCCGUGGACUGGAACUUCGCCCAGCCGGAGCCCGAGCCCGAGCCCAGAAGCCGCCAGCCGGGCAAGGCCAACGGGCAGCUGCUCCCCCGCAAGGCGCAGUAGUGGCCGGCCACGCCGUGUCCGGAGCCUCGGCGUGCCUGCCUCUGGCGUCAGCUCCUCGGCUCCCUGGCGGGUGGCGGCCGCAGGCCCCGUCCCCUGUCAGGACAGGAGCGGCCGCAGGUGUUCUUGCCCCUGAAGGCCCCGUGCGGGAGCAGCGGGUGUCCCAGAGCUGCCCGGAGCGGCCUGGAGCGCUGG